AGCAAUUGAAUCCGCUUCAAUCAUUCUAAACAAUUUAUUAAGGAAACUCUAUCGUUCUUCGAUUCUAUGUUGAUACUCUUCAUGAACUUCGCGAACGUACCUUUUCGCAGAAAGUCGAGAUAGGCUCCGCCAACCUCAACUGUUAUGCCUAAGAAAAGGCAUAACAAUAAAUAUUCCAAACCGCCUUCGGUUGCUCCACCAUCACUUGCCCUAUCUUCUUCGUCCCGGGCGACUGAACAUCAUGAGCGUUCGGUCAACCAGCUUCUCGCAGAGAUGCGACGGAGUAGCGUGAGGCAAAAUGGUGCGCAGAACAAUGUAGCUGCAGCAACUCCCACCGUUCCCCCCUCGAUCCGUCAGAUCCUCCAAAUUCCCGAGACACCCGCCCCACGACCCAGAAGAGCUCCGCGCCGCGACGCCAAUGGUCGACGAGCACCACCCGGUCCGCCACCUCCACGAAGUUGGGUAUCGUUAGCGCUAUCGCGACAUGCUCCCAAGGAACUACAAUCUGAUGCCGCAGGGCAUAUUCAACACUGGCGCUUACCAGAUGCAUAUGUCCCCGAGUCGGGAAGUCUCAUAGACCUUUUACUUCGGAGACUGGCCCGGGAUUGGGAGCAGCAGCGAGAAUGGAAUCAGUUUUACCUAUAUACACUUCCUAGCCAUUUGCGCACGGGAUUGUUGACGUACGUUGCGGAAAUUUACGAGCCCGGAUUGUCUAUUAAGGACAUACGACUCAUCCUUACCGGUCCUUCCGAAGAGAAGCUCGCUGAAUACGACGUCGACAAGCCCGACUUGAACAUUUUAAACGGGGAUAUAUUCUACUUAGACCUAGCUGGGUCCGUGGGCAAGUCGCUGACGUUAAGAGAAUUGAGCGAUCUACUCUUCCCUCCCAAAGUAGUAGUCGAGCAGCCUGAUCUUCAAGAUUCGUGGGAAACCCCGGAGCCUAUCCCCGGUCCAGUUAGAAUGUUGCCGAACUUGACGCGGCUAUCCCUUGCGAUUGAUCCUGAGCACUCGUCCAAUGUGUCUUGGAAACAACUUCUAUUGUUAGCUAACAAGAUGCCAACUCUUACACAUCUCAAUUUAUCUGGAUGGCCUGAGCCGUCCUUAACACCGAACGCUAAACUCGCUAGAAUCAUAUCCCCGGUGACCGGAAGGAGUGUUCAGUACGGCGGUACCGGCCCGUAUAGCCACAAUCUAGAUAACGACUGGGUAGAGGCUAUCCUAAUAUUAAAGCGUCUAAGCAAGGCCUUGUACGGCUUAGAAUAUCUCGAUCUGACAGGCUGUGGAGAUUGGUUCCCUGCUCUGAUGAAAACUUCCGACGGGGACUUCACCGUAGACUAUAUUGACUGGGUGGGUGAUUGGGGAAAGAUUACAACGCUGAGGCUCUACUCUGGCUACGCUCUCACGGAUGAUUCAACCAGUGCCCAAAUCUCAAGAUUUGCAGAAUGGAUAGAGUCCGCAACAGCAGUCGGGAAACAUAUUAGAACACAGCGAUCAGGAAAGGGACGGUGGAUAACGGUGGAUAAAGAUACUCUUUCGGAGAGCGCAGAGGCGGCUCUAACGACCCGGCAACUGGGAGAACUUGCGUGGGGAGAUGCGGUCUAGGUAUGUUUGAAGGUUGCCUAUAAUAUAAAUACAGCUUUUUGAAUACAUCCUGAUGUCCGAGUCUUGUGACUUAUCGUGAGGUAGCGAGUCCCCGAAUUCGCAAUUUAGCUAACCGUUGG